AUGUCUUCCACGGCACACUUCUUCAGCUUCAGAUCAGCAUCGAUCACCAGACGACUCCACCCACAAACCACACUCAGUCACGAUAACCAUCGUAGCUACCAGAACACUGACGAACGACAACAAGAUCAUGAAACCAUCAACUACAAUCAUGACAGACGCAACAGCCGAGAAGCCAUUCCGCUUCAUGGACCCCCCCCCCCGGAGCUGAAGAACAGGAUCUACUCGAUGCUCCUCGAAAACGACACCAAUGUCGAGAUCUCUUCCCACGAUGUUGGACCUCUUUGUAUCACAACCAUCCAGGCUGCCAUCCUCCGCACUUGCCGUCAGGUCAACAACGAGAAUUGUGUUCUCGAUCUUCUUUCCUGCCCAGACUUCAUCCACAUCCAUCAAAAUACCGAUCUCACCCAGCACCGCGACACUAUCAGCAAGAAAGUCCUUGUCAGAGCAGAAUACAUUGUCUCACCAGCAAACAUGACAAACACAGCUGCCGAGAUAGCAACGGAGAAGCCAUUCCGCUUCAUGGACCUCCCACCUGAGCUCAGGAACCGAGUGUACUCCCUGAUACUCGAGAACGAUGAUCCCUUCAUCCUGGGACGAGCAUUCUGGGCGACGCCCGUUGUACACACCGCGAUCCUGCGCACCUGCCAACAAGUCCGGAGUGAGGCCACUUCGAUCCUUUACGGCAACAACAUCUUCGGGCCCAACGAAUGCAUGCUAGCCCCCUUUCUGGAAGCCAUCGGGCCCUCGAUCAAGCAUAUUCGCACCCUUUGGGCUGGCAGUCUUCUCACCAACACUCAGACCCAGAAGUUUUUCACGCUUCUCAAGGGCGCAAGUCUGGCCAAGACCGUCGGGCCACUAUUCCGGUGUUUGCAUAAGAAUCGCAAACGGGAGCCUGGAUACAAGGUGAAGGAUGUUUUGGAUGUCUUGGUGGUCUAUGUCGCCGUGAAUCACAAUUUGAAGGUGCCGACAGAGAACUUUUGGGAGAAGGCCAAACUUGAGACAGAGUUUUAUGGGAAGAAGGUGAAGGAGUUGGUUGGCGCUACCUUGAAGUGA